CAGCGUGGAGGUGGAGGUGGCGGCGACGCUGAAAUGCUGCGGAGCCCGCGCGCGAGUGCUCAGCACGCAGGAGUUUGCGGCGGACCCGCAGCCAGAGCUCUGCGGAGUAAGGAGCGUCUGCGGGCGGCGUGCAUGUGCCGGGAAGGCCGGCCCCGGGCUCUGCGCUAGGCGAGAGCCUUGCCCUCCCGCCGAGGACCUGGCGAGGUCAGGAUUUCCGAUGCUUGCCAGGUUUCCGCUGACUGCCGGAAUUGGAGAUCACUCCACAUGGAUCCCCCAAGCCAGCAUGGCAGCCACACUUCCCUAGUGGUGAUUCAGCCACCGGCUCUGGAAGGCCGGCAGAGGUUAGACUAUGACCGGGACACUCAGCCUGCUGCGAUUCUGUCCCUAGACCAGAUCAAGGCCAUCAGAGGCAGCAACGAAUACACAGAAGGACCUUCAGUCGUGAGAAGACCAGCUCCUCGCACUGCACCAAGACCCGAAAAGCAGGAAAGGACUCAUGAAAUCAUACCAGCCAAUGUGAAUAACAGCUACGAGCACCGACCUGCCAGCCACUCCGGCAAUGCCAGGGGCUCGGUGUUGAGCAGGUCAACCAGCACCGGAAGCGCGGCCAGUUCAGGGAGCGGCAGCAGCGCCUCUUCUGAGCAGGGCCUCUUGGGAAGGUCUCCGCCCACCAGGCCCAUCCCCGGUCAUAGGUCAGAUAGGGUCAUCCGGACCCAACCCAAGCAGCUGCUUGUGGAGGACUUGAAGGGUUCAUUGAAAGAGGACCCCACCCAGCACAAAUUCAUUUGCGAACAGUGUGGCAAGUGCAAGUGUGGAGAGUGUACAGCCCCCCGGACUCUGCCCUCCUGCCUGGCCUGCGACCGGCAGUGCCUCUGCUCCGCGGAGAGCAUGGUGGAGUACGGGACCUGCAUGUGCCUGGUCAAGGGCAUUUUCUACCACUGCUCCAAUGAUGACGACGGGGGCUCUUACUCGGAUAACCCAUGCUCCUGUUCGCAGUCGCACUGCUGCUUCAGAUACCUGUGCAUGGGAGCCCUGUCUUUAUGCCUCCCCUGCUUACUCUGCUACCCUCCCGCCAAGGGCUGCCUGAAGCUGUGCAGGGGUUGUUACGACUGGACCCACCGCCCUGGCUGCAGGUGUAGAAACUCCAACACUGUCUAUUGUAAGCUGGAGAGCUGCCCCUCCAGGGCUCAGGGCAAGCCGUCAUGAUUUCUGGAGGUGGCGUAGACCUCCGGCGUGUCUGACUUCCGAACUGUGGCUGUUAAGAAACGUGGUAUUUCUUCUCGAGUCGCUCCUGUCUCUGUAGGAGUGGACGGUGAAACUGCGCCCAGCUUGCUCUCACCCCACUUCAAGGGUGCUGGGAGCUGGGGGGUACCUGUGGAGCGCUGGUGUGAAGCCAGCUUUCCAGCUGUGUCCAGCGAGGAUGCAUGCACGCCCGGACUCGGC